CUUUUUUUUCAUGAUGAUAUAGAUUUUUUGUUGAUCCUAAGAAAUGGUGGAUUUAAGUAAGAAGUCAGAUCUCUUCACAAGACUUUAUCUUGUGUUAGAAGUGACUGGAUUUCUGCUUCAUAUGAUCGGAUUUUGUACUCCGUACUGGCGAUCUAUCCAUUUCAAAUACACUGAGGAUGUUAUAAAAGACAUUGAUAUAGUGAUCCAAGGUUUUGACGAGGGGAUCUGGAGGAGGUGUGUUAAUGGAAUUUGUUCCGAUAUCAACGUUGUUGGUAGAGACUGGCUUCAAGUAGUGAGGGUUUUUGAGAUUAUCGCCCUUGGAUCGUCUCUAUUUGCCACAUUUCUGAUCAUUCUCAAUAUUUCUGUGGAAAGAUUUUCUGACAGCAGAAGAAUCUAUUUUUUGGCAUUAUUGUCUUGCUUUGUUACAGCUUGUAGCAUUCUGCUGUCUGCUAUUGUAUACGGAGUAUCAGUCAGAGAAGGAAUCACGUGGUCAUAUGGAUGUAUUGUGAUUGGAGGAAUACUAUUCAUGGCUUCGGGAGUGCUGAUGCUGACAAAUUAUUAUACAAUGCGUUCUAAAAAAUAAUUUUACUCAUCCAUCCUACUAACUUAUGAAGAGUUUUUAAUGUAUUCUCUAAUAAUGUUUUGAAUAACAGACACUGCACUGAUAUAAUGUAAUUAUUAAUGUGUGUUUUUUUUUAAACACUGACAGUUUAAUUUUUUGAUUUGUUAUUGUUUUUAUGUGACUAUAUAUGAGGUUUAACUUUUGUUUUCAAUUGAGUAAAACAUAUUUGAAAAUAAAGUAAAAAUGAAUAAAA